CUUCCUUUAGGUCCACGUGUUUCGUCACGUAUACCGCUGUCUCUCGGAAGUUGCUCACUCCGCAUUGUUGUCCUGGGUACGCGUGUACAUCAGGGCCAUCUGUGUUUCUGUCUUUUACAGGUCUGUGAGGCGCGUUUGAAUCACAAGGAUAAGCCAUGCCGUCAGUUCCCUCAACCAAUGAGACCACGGUCAAGAGCCCCGUGUGCCCUCAUGCUGCCAAGAUGCUCACCCACACCAAUGGAGAGGGCAAGCUCCGGGAGGGUUCGUUACCAGUGAACGGGGUUGACAAGACGCCGCCAGCGGACACUGAGGAAGGGAACAGAACCAUUCAGAUCAACACAAAGAACGUCACUACUGAGAGGAAAUGGAUCCGGCCUGACCUUCCCAGCCGCUGCACAUGGAGCCUGGGAGCAUCGAAAGCCGACUCCCCUCACACACAAGUUCCAAGAACGAUUGCUCCAGCCAUUCUCCCAAACAUCCUGCACAGGAUCGGAGACACUCCCAUGGUUCGCAUCAACAAGAUCCCCAAAGCAUUUGGACUCAAAUGCGAAUUAUUGGCCAAGUGUGAGUUCUUCAAUGCCGGCGGGAGUGUCAAGGACAGGAUCAGCCUGCGGAUGGUGGAGGACGCCGAGAGAGCUGGCAUCCUCAAGCCUGGAGACACCAUUAUAGAGCCCACCUCUGGAAACACUGGUAUUGGACUGGCCCUGGCCGCAGCUGUGAAAGGUUACCGCUGCAUCAUCGUCAUGCCUGAGAAAAUGAGCAUGGAGAAGGUGGAUGUUCUGAGAGCUCUCGGAGCCGAGAUUGUCCGCACGCCCACCAGCGCUCGCUUCGAUUCGCCAGAGUCUCACGUCGGCGUGGCCUGGCGCCUUAAAAACGAGGUCCCCAACUCUCACAUCCUGGACCAGUACCGUAACCCGAGCAACCCCCUGGCUCACUACGACACUACAGCUGAGGAGAUCCUGGAGCAGUGCGACGGCAAAGUGGACAUGCUGGUGGCAGGAGCAGGCACAGGCGGGACUAUCACAGGCAUCGCCCGCAAAUUGAAGGAAAGAUGCCCCAACAUCAAAAUUGUUGGUGUUGACCCAGAAGGCUCCAUCCUGGCUGAGCCCGAGGAGCUUAACAAGACCGAUAAGACCCAGUACGAGGUGGAGGGCAUCGGGUACGACUUCAUCCCCACUGUGCUCGACAGAUCAGUAAUUGACACCUGGUACAAGUCUGACGACGAGGAGUCCUUCAACAUGUCUCGCAUGCUGAUGAGAGAGGAGGGCCUGCUGUGCGGUGGCAGCUCCGGGACGGCCAUGGCAGCGGCAGUAAAAAUGGCCAAAGAUCUGAAGGAGGGCCAGCGCUGUGUGGUCAUCCUGCCAGACUCCAUCCGCAACUACAUGUCCAAAUUCCUGAGUGACAAAUGGAUGGUCCAGAAGGGCUUCCUGAGUGAGGAGGACCUCAUGGUGAAAAAGCCAUGGUGGUGGAACCUGAAGCUGCAGGGUUUGAACGUGUCCGCCCCGCUCACCGUCCUGCCUUCCGUCUCCUGCCAGAGGACCAUCCGGAUCCUCAAGGAGAAGGGCUUCGACCAGGCGCCCGUGGUGGAUGAGGCUGGGUUAAUCCUGGGCAUGGUGACUCUCGGGAACAUGCUGGCCUGUAUUCUGGCAGGGAAGAUCAAGCUGUCGGACCCGGUCAGCAAAGUGCUCUACAAGCAGUUCAAACAGAUCCGUCUGACUGAUAAUUUGGGAAAAUUAUCCCGCAUUCUGGAGACUGACCACUUUGCCCUGGUGGUACAUGAACAGAUCCAAUACUUGACGGACGGCUCUCCGACUCUGAAGCAGAUGGUGUUCGGCGUGGUGACGGCCGUCGACCUGCUCAACUUUGUCACAGGCCGAGAAAGGAGGGAGCGAUCCAUGUCGGAGUCCACCGACGAACUGAACUGACGCACGCAGUACUCACUUGUACAUUACUUACACUAUCAUAAACACAAUGGGUUUAGUGUCUGAAUGAUGGCAAAAAAUAAUCUUGUGAAGUUUUUGAUUGAGGUUAGCGCUUUUUAAGAUACUUGUUCCUUUUUUGUAUGUUUGAGUCUUAAGGUAUGAUAAGCAAAGUAUGUGGCGCCAGUAUGUUUGAUAGGGUUACUUAUUUUAUGAAGCAGUUGAUUAUUACUUAUGAUAUUUGCUUUUAGAGCUCAAAGCAAAUCUUUUAUAAGUUUGUGACUUGUAGAAAGCUUUUUGUUUUGUAUCAGAGUCUCAAAUAGAGACUUCUGUCUUUUAUUUGUAUGAAAAGUGCAGAUUGUUCCACCGUGGCCUUGUGUACCAAUCAAACAUUGGAUGUAAGACAUAGAAUAGUAUAAAAGCAACAUUUGUCUCAUUUAUGAAGAUUAGAUGAGUAGAGAGCUGCUGUAUAUAAGCACAUUAUCUUUCCAGUGCUGCUCAUCAUGUGCUACUUUUUCAUUUGUGUAUUUGUACACAAAAAAAAGAAAUCCAUGCAGUGUAAUCAAAUUUCUUGAAAGAAAUUGUGGUGUUUUUUUUUUCCUUUUUCAACACAGCACUUGUUGUGUAACUGUAAAGACGUCUUGACUAUUUAAUCUUAGCUCUGUCUGAGAGAAACAUUUUGUAUCGCAUCAUUUUUCCUUAAUGAAUGUGUAUGAUUAAAUAAAGUUCAAAUUAAGUCUGA